UCUUCCGUGCGCAGCCCACAAUGAUGUAGAUUUGAAUGCCGUUUGAUUCGUACUGGGACGACGUCUGGGUGAGGAAAAUUUGUGGACGCAGGGGGGGGGGGGGUUGUAUGUUCUAAUGCGAGUGCUUCGAUGAUGGAGACCAUGCAACUAGAGACCACUAGCGGCGUGUCGCUAUCUGUGAGGAUUUUCAAACCCACUUCCAACGUGGUGGAGAAGCCCGUCGUUAUGGUGUUGGUGCACCAAUACUCCAAAAUGGGUGGAUGCCAGGAGCUUAUGCGUGGUAUGGCGUACCGUCUUGCUGCCAAAGGCUUCACCACCAUCACGUUCGACUUGCGAGGUGUCGGCGGGUCCACUGGAAAGCCAACCUUGACUGGCACCGCGGAGGUGCAAGACGUUGUGGCCGUGUGCCGUUGGGUCUCUCAGCAUUUCCUCGCCCGUUCCAUCGUGCUCAUCGGCUCCUCCGCUGGGGCUCCUAUUGCAGGAGCUGCAAUUGAAACACUCAAAGAAGUGGUGGGCUACGUGAGUCUAGGCUACCCAUUCGGUAUACUGUCUUCCGUUCUCUUCGGUCGCCACAACAAGGUCUGUCUGCAAUCGCAGAAGCCGAAGCUGUUCGUUAUGGGGACAAAUGACGGCUUCACAAGUGUUGAGCAGCUUGAAAGCAAAUUGAAAACUGCAGCGGGUCGCGUGGAGAAGCGGCUGGUGCAAGGUGCGGGGCAUUUUGAGAUGGAAGGGCCGCAGUAUGAUGACCAAAUGGUGGAGUAUAUUAUAACUUUUGCGGAGAGUUUGCAAAGAUGAGAACUGUGGUAAAAUUUAGGAUUGGCACCAGCCUCUCGUUCUGUCCUCUGACUCGCCUGAUUGUGCAGAGUCCUACAAGGGCUGUAAAUUUUCUGAGGCUGAGAGGGAAAUUUCUCAAGUUUUUAAGUUUUCAAGGUACGAGUCCCAUUUUUUGUGCAUUUGAGUGUAGCAAUCCCCUAGAGUAAAACAUCAUUUCUCAGAUGUAAAUAGUAGUCCUCAGUCUCCUAAUGGCUGUGUACAUUUGGCCAAAUACGACGAGGAUUGAAACGAGAGAGCUGAAUAAACUCUGCUAGAGUAGGGGAAAAACUUGGAUCUGACUCUGCUUAAACCAUUUCUAAUGUAGCCAUUUGGGAUAUUUAAUAUGCUUAUUAUGCUAGAAGUU